AUGGCCGACUUCCUGACGAUUUCCUUUCAAAAAAACGGUAUUUAUUUUCCACAGCCUGGUCCUAGCCUGUUUUCAACGAACAAUAAGAUGCUACGGCCUGUUCCAAAGUUUGGAGAUAUCUCCGAGCAGCUCAACUCGCAACAGAACCAGAGAACUUCGGUCAUCGUUUGGUCGCCUCCGACAACACCAACACACAAUUUCAUGCCACCAUCUCCACCUCAAACCCCGACUACACCGAAAGGAACGCCUGUAAACGAGUUCUCCCCGAAAUCACCGAAUGUGGUACCGCCAAGGGGGAGACCGAGAGCUGAUGUGCUGAACAUUUUGAUGGAAGAAGGACAGAACUCGUACUCCUCAAUUCGCUGUGAUGUUUGCAACCGCGUUUUCCCGCGCGAGAAGUCUCUUCAAGCUCACAAAAGAACCCACAGCGGUGAAAGGCCUUAUGUCUGUGAUUUUCCAAACUGUGGAAAAGCCUUUGUUCAGAGUGGCCAGUUAAAGACUCACCAGCGUCUCCAUACCGGCGAAAAGCCAUUUGCUUGCACUGCCGAAGGUUGUACAACGAGGUUCACUCACGCCAAUCGCCAUUGCAGCCUUCAUCCAUACGCUGGCUUAAAGCGGACUUUCACCGAAAUACCACUGAAAGAAAUCCUCAAGAACGAAAAUUCCGAGCCAAACGAGUACAAGGCUGCCGUGUUGAAAUGGCUAGCGAACUACGAGAUGGAGAAAGAUGAACGAAAUCCUACAAAGCUGGAAGAAAGAGUACUCAAGCGAAAAUUAGAGAAAGAGAUUGCGCGACAACAAAUCGUGGAGCGAAAGAAAUCAAGAAUCGAGGCAAGAAAGAGGAUGGCAGACGCAAGAGAGCGAUGGUACGGAGCUAUGGCUCUCGUUGAACUCGCCGAUUCUCAGCUGAACUGUAACUGA